AUGGCUCGGACCUUCGCGCAGACAGUGGACGUGGUAAGGCAAUCGCCGCUGAUGAAACAGCCCAUGACGGAAGAGGGGCAAGAGGAAGAUUGCCCUGGGAGCUUUGAGGAUGGCUGUGUGGAGGUGGGUGACACGUUGGGCUCCCUCCGCAUGGAGGCCUUUGAAAUCAGUGAUGCACUCUCGCAGGAGGCCAUGUCGGAAAUGAGGAGUUUCAACUUCUGUCGCUCAGCACGCAAGUCCAUUCUAUUGAGCCUGGGCGUCUCAGAAGGCGCAGCGCCCUCACCCGAGAUGACACAGGACAUCCUUCGGCCCUACUCCAAGGCUUCGGAUCUGGCAUGCGUGAAUGCAUACAUGGCGAUACUGCUAGGAGCAGGUACAUUUCGCCUGUCGCGUGCGAUUUCUCGAUGUGGAUGGUUGGUGGGAUUUGGUGCACUGACAUGUCUUAGCCUUUUCCACAUCUUCAUCUGCCUGCGGCUAGUCGAGGUCCCACAGCUGAUUGAACGGGAUGUACCCAACGCGACCUUCCUCGCCAAGAUCUUCCUGUUGUCACGCAGUUAUCUCUUCUACGCGGUGCUAUCAAUGUUGAGCUGGUACGGGGCAUGCGCCAUUCAGUUGCAGAAUGUGUUUCUGAACGUCUUGAGUGUCGUGACCCCAGACAUGGAACAACAUGCUGACGACUUCGAGGAUUUGGAUACGCCGUUCGGGUGGAAGAUUGUCGGCACAAUUCUGCUGGCCAUCGUCAUCGUUCCACUAUCUUUGAAGACGAGCGCUAAGGACCUUCAGACGAAAGCCUCCUACGCCGUUUACUCCAUGCUUGCCAUCGGCAUUAUCGAGAUGACCUGUGCAUCUAUCCAUGGUUUUGCGACUUGGUUCUCUGACCAGCCUAACGAUUACUGCAUGGUCGGAAAGCAGAUCCCUCAAGGCCUCUAUGACAUGGGCAUGGCCUUUGGGGGCAUAGCAAUCUGGCCUUACGUCUUGGCUGACAUGCUGAACCCAGGCAAUGCCAAGAUUGUAGUCGUCAAGGCGACCACGAGGAUAAUGUUUUUCUACCUGUUCGUGGCGAUGAUUGGCUACUUCGGCUGGGCACGCACUAUCGAGAAACGCACGCCAUUACAGCAGAUGAUGGAGAUGGGCCUUUGGUACCAAAACGCUGCACGCAUCAUCAGCGCGCUGUUCGUGCUGAAGACAGUGACCACUUUUCCAUUGACUUUCUGGCCGUUAUAUCGAGAGUUCGAAGCAUUGAUCCAGCUGGACGAUUCGCCAGGUUUGCAGCUUCAUCUGGCAUGGGCCAUUCGCAGACAGCGGUUGUUGAAGAUUGCCACGAAAGUUCUGCUUGUCACUACAUGCAUCUCCAAUUUGCUCCUGCCGCUUGAAACUAAACGCUAUUUGAUGGCUAUUUUCAUGGGCCUGCCACUGAAUGUGGGCCAGUUCGUGUUCCCGGCUUGCGUUGGGUGCUUGGCCAUUCGGCGCCACAGACAGAUUCUAAAAAUGAGGAACGAAGCUGUAGAACCGGGAGGCAGGAGCGAAGCUAAGUACGUCUGCAACAGCUUGGAAGUUCAUUAUUCUGCCGUCCACGCUGCCGCAGCAUUAAUGAUUGUGCUUGGCAUCGUUUGGUUUAUUGGGACGCUUUGUCAACUCGGGGUGCUCGCAUGA